CCCAGAUCGAGGCCAGAGUUCUUGCAUUGCAUGAGCUCUCUAAUCUCUAUAGGUAGCCAGGCCACCCAGGCACCCACAUAUAUAAUUAGCUAGUCACAGCUAGCUACACGCAAUUCUACCCAUCACUUGGAAGCAAUUAGGAGACCAGACCAGCCAUGGAGGAACUGCCGGAUGGAUCAGCAUCUUCUGUUCUUGAGAGCAAGUAUUGGCACAACAAUGAUUUCGGGGAGGAGCUCAUGAGCGAACUCCUCGACGAGACGGCGGCGGUACCACCGAUGCACACGGAAGGGAACGAGGAGGAGGGGCCUCGGCGCCGGCGGGAGUCGAUGGUGAACAAGCUUAUCUCGACGGUCUACUCCGGGCCCACCAUCAGCGACAUAGAGAGCACACUCUCCUUCACCGGUGGCGAUCAGCUCGUCGUCGACGCCCUCAAGUACAACUCCAGCCCAGUGGUUUUCUCCCCGGAGAAGAUAUUGAGCAAGAUGGAGAGCAAGUACACGCUGAAGAUCAAGAUAUGUGGGAAUGGACUUGCAGAAGAUGGAUACAAAUGGAGGAAAUACGGCCAAAAAUCCAUCAAGAAUAGCCCCAAUCCAAGGAGCUACUACCGGUGCACGAACCCUCGGUGCAACGCCAAGAAGCAGGUGGAGCGCGUCACGGACACGCUGGUCGUAACCUACGAGGGCCUCCACCUCCACUACAUCUACUCUCAUUUCCUGCACAACCAGCAGCAGCAAGCAGGAGGAGGAGGAGGAGGAGGAGGAGGAGGAAGCCUCCUCAGGCUCCCCAAGAAGGCCAAGCUCCACCCCCGCGGCCCACUCUUGUCGCCAGAUCAAAUCCGAAGCCCAACAAUCUCUCUGCUGGAUCUAGAUGGCCUGGCGGCCCAUCAGAUCAGCCCAAUGGACGGCGCCACUAGUCAGGUCGUGCCUGCAGAUAGUAGCAGUGAGCGUGUGGUUCCAGCUCCAGCUUGUUAUUUUGAGCACCAUGAAGAAGAGCAGCAGAUCGGCGCGACCAACGGGCUCCUGGAAGACGUGGUGCCGCUGCUGGUCCGGCGGCCCUGCAUCGACAUGGCCAUGCUCUCCAACAUCUUCUAGGAGUAUUAAUUCUGCAUCAAGAGAGUGCCGUACGUACGUAAUAUAUAUGUUGCUGUCAAAAAAUUUAUAUGUGUGAGUAUAGUAUAUACUGUAGAUCCACAAGACGUGGCGUGGCGUGGUGUGGUGAUCAAUUGUGGUGUACGUGAUUAGUGAAUUCGUUACGUGCA